AUGAAUAUAAAUGACAAUGGAAAACCAUCAAUUCAAUCAUCUGAUAAUUAUAUAAUAAAAUCUAAUGAAUCACGACGUUAUUGUCGAAAUUAUGUUCGUUUUCGAAAAAGUUCAUCACGUUCACGUUCAUACAAUAGUUGGAAAAUUUUCCAUAUACGUUCAUCAAUUGAUUAUCGAAAAAAAUUAAUCUUACUUAUUUUACAAAUAAUUGCUUUAUUUCAUCUAUGUUCUAUUAUAUAUUGUCAUCAGAGACAACUGUCAUUGACUGUGAAAUAUACAAUAAUAACAGUUGUUCUUUUCAAUAUUUUAACAUAUCGUUGUGUUCAAUAUGAUACACAACAAGCAGAACAUGGAGAAUUAUUAUUAGGUGAAAGUUCACUUCUAUUUUUACUUUGGUAUGGAGGAAUUAUUGGCGGAGGACUUGCAUUACUGAUUGAAAAACAUAAACAUCUUCGAAGUCAAGCAUUUACCUAUCGACUAAGAAUAAUUAUUUUAUUCAAUGCUACCUGGCUUUUUAUUGCCUAUGUUUUAUACAUGUGUCGAAAUGAAUUCCUAUUUAUAGAAAUUUCUGGUGCGCUAUUGUCCCUUUUGGAAGCCAUACAUAAGUCGUGA